AUGAAAUCGAUAGCGAUUCUUUUGAUCAGCUUGCCUCUGGCACAAAAUCAGCUGUCAUCGAUCGAUUGCUCCUUCGAACAUAAUCUUUGCGGUUGGACCGCCGAAUCACCAUGGACCGUCACCGACCGGACGUAUCUGCCAAGUCCACUUAACUUAACCCCAAUGACAUUGAUCGGUGAUGGUUCGUUCGUGACCGCCCAGGGACAUUUCGGUUCGAAUACAACAGCGGAUCUCAUCAGCCCACUGAAUGAACCAUCACAAGCGUUAUGUAUAUUGUCGUUUAAAUACACGAAAACGAUAGGAGAUGCACAUUUACAGAUUAUGCUCAAAGAAGGCGGCUCCUACCGUAAUCUAGACACUAUAUCAACGAAUAUGUUAGCAUUCUGGAUACGACGCACACUAGUGAUACCGCCUACGAAUGAACCAUUCCAGAUAGUGUUUCGCGUCAGUAAACUACGUACGGGUUUUGAUUUUAUUUCAAUUGACGACAUUAUGCUCAGAUCGACUGGAAAAAAUGUUUUGUCAGUGGAUGAAGAUCUGAUAAGGCCCCAUUUGGCAUCAAUGUCUCGAGGAGUGGAAAACCGUGAACUGAGAAGAUCUCCUACUCCAUUGCAAUCCUCCGGUAUAACCUACAAACCUCAAGUGAUAACCCAAUGCUCACUCGUGAAAUGUUCGUUCAGAGCCAAUGCAUGUUUUUGGACAUUCGAUCAUUGGAAGCUGUUAAAUGGAAAGAUUGUCACGGAAGGUCAAACUAAUGCUUGGCUAAGCAGCGAACCAGUGUUAUUGCCAAUGAAUGCUCAUUUUGAACUGGAUAUUUUUGCCAGUGAGUCAUCAGCCGUGUCGGUGUAUCAAAAAUUCGGCGCAGAGGAAACGUUAAUCUGGACACAGAGCGGUAUAACAUUAUCUGGAUGGAACCGUAUACGACUACCAUUACGGAUCUCUCCAUUGCCGUCAAAACUCCUCAUUAAAUCGUCCACCAGACAAGGACAACUUGUUGCGAUUACGAACACAAAUAUCGUUGACGAAAGUGGCAGAGAUUUAGCUUGUGGCGGAAAUCUUCAAGUAAUCCGCCCACGAAGCGAUGACCUCAUUCGUUUGACGGCCAUUCAAAAACUGGAUUCGACGGACACGGAGGCAACCACAACACCAACACUACACGUGGUCUCCACCACAACACAGCCAACUUCGACACUUCGACCAAUCGCAGCUCAAUUUGGACCGUCCAUCGCUCCGCCCAUCGCUCCGCCCAUUGCCCCGCCCAUCCAGAAUUCCUUCUCGAUUUCGUCGCCAAGUCAGAGCGUUGCGUCGCCGAUUGCUGUGCUACCGAUAUCGCCAGCGCAGGUGUCAAAUCAACAAUCUGUGGGUACGCGAGAUUUUCGAGCCGCGCAUUCAUCGUUUCUUCAGCCAGCUGUAGCCGGUAGCCAUUCUUCACAUAGUAUUAUACGUACGUUAUCGUCUACCACAUUACCAACGCCAGUAAUCGCUCAGACAUCAAGGAGGACACCAUCAUUACAAGAUCUUCUCAGUGGAAUGGCUGGACAUCCUGUAUUUGAAGGACAGCUGAAAUAUCUCGCUAAGAAAUUAGGAUUCGAUCGAAUGUCCGGAGAACAGGCGACACGACGUUUAGGACAAAUUCAACGCAUGUUGGCCGGAAUUAAACAAACUGAACUGCCAGAUGAUAAACAUCGAAUAUUUCCAGAAACCGACUCGAUACCACCGGAUUUGAUGUCCAGAUUCGCUUCACUUUUCCCUUCGUCCAGAACAAUUAAUGGAGCUCUAACGAAUAAGAUCACACAGUUUAUUCCACCACCACGAGAUUAUGGGGAUGACUCGAAACCAUUCUCUCGCAACAAUAUGGAUUUUGUAAUCCAGAACGCAUACAAUGCAUAUAUGAGCCAAGCUCGUCCAUAA